UUUUCGUUCCAGUGCCAGGCUCUUGGACAAUGGCGGGAAAUUCUCAAUUUCCUCUCUGGGCAUGUAACAUUGACCACAAUUUAAAACACCAGCCCCGGGGCUCCAGGAGCCACUGUGACAACCACUGCACAGGGUUAGUGAAGCAACUGAGCAGCUUCGUUCCCCAGCAACAUAAGCCCUGCUGUAGGUUCUCUCACUUGCUGUCCCUCCUGAGUGAUGUCUGCAGUAACAGAGCAGUGAAAAUUGGCAUCAACUAGAAUUCAGAAUUGAAGGAGCGUUGAGAUUUCAGAGGGUUCUGGCAUUGAUCAAGGAUAAAGAGAACAUGGUCAGCGUUUGGUUCCUCCUGUGCUCAGUGACACCAUGGGUGUACUUUACUCUUACAGUGGAAUCUGUUGUCCCCUCAGCGCCCACCCAGUGCCCACCAGGUUGUACCUGCAUCCAUCACCAUCAUGUCACCUGUGUCAAUUUCAGCCUGAGUGACCUCCCCAUUGAGCUGCCCAAGACCACUCUAAGACUGAUACUUAACUCUGGUCAGAUGCCAGUGAUCCCAGGGGACAGCUUCCUCAACAACUCCAGUUUAAUCUCACUGCAGCUCCACAACAGCAACAUUCAGCAGAUCAGUCCGGGUGCCUUCAAAGGACUGAGCAAACUGAGGACUCUCCAUGUUGUGGGCAACAACAUCGAGACGCUGCCGACUGCAAGUUUUGGGAAUAUAACUGGUUUGAGGCUGCUAUACUUGCAACACAACCUCAUUGCCAAUAUUAUGCCAGGUGCAUUUUCCUCUUUAAGAAAUCUGAUGACUCUUGACCUCAGCUACAACAAUCUCGUCGUUCUUAUGGACCAGAUGUUCAGAGGUCUUAGAGCUCUGCUCUGGCUACACCUCGGCAACAACCGUAUUGCAGUCAUCUCCUCAAAGGCCUUUGAGGAUAACCUGAGUCUGAGGUUGCUUAAACUGGACAGCAACCGGCUGACUGCAGUGCCAACCAAAGCCAUGCAUUCCUUCAGUAGACUCAGCAGCCUAUCACUAAGCAACAAUAUCAUUCCCAGAUUGAGUUCUGGCACCUUUGGUCCCGGGUUAAGAUAUCUGCAGUCAUUGUAUUUGGACAAUACUUCUUUGGCCGAGAUUUCUUCAGGCGCCUUUUCCAUGUUUCGAAACCUGAAAGCUCUGAGCAUGAGGAACAACCGCUGCAAUAUCUGACUUGCCCUUAUAAUCCAUAUGCUUCUACCACAUCAUCUCCAACGGCCAUGAACCACAGUGCAACACGCCAAGUUACUGCUCAUGCCACUCCAAACGCAAGCAGCAGUUGGACAACACCAAAAGCAAACACUGAAAAA